AUGGUAGCCGAAGAACAUGGCCCGAAGAAUAUGGAUGGCAUGGAUAACGGUGUGGCAAUGAGCGCAGCGGAGGCUGAACCAUCUGUCUGUUACGUCAGGCAUACGUAUAUGGGUGACACGGUUUUUGGUUCGGACAUAACGAGUCAUUUUUCUGGCAUGCUACCGGACGUAGCAGCGAACACGACGACAACAGUUGAAGUUGAAGUAUGCACCUACACGAGAUUCGAGACGGCGAGAUUCGUAAAACAGAUUCAGGAUGAUUUCCCGACGCGGAAGAAACGUCGCGCGAAGCAACAGUCUUACAGCUGCUUGUAUUGUCGGUACGAAAGUAAUCGUCCGUUCAACGUGGAACGUCACAAGGAGAGGAUACACAGCAAUAAGAGCUUGCACCACUGCUGCGGACAAAUAUUCUUCACUAAAGGUAACUAUUACAUCCACUGCGAGAAAUAUCACCCGGAAAGGCGUACAAAUGCGAUCACGACCCAAACAAAAUAUAAAAUCACCAGCGAUUCUGUGCCGACGAUGCAGCCUGUCUACGACGACGAUCUCGGGGACGCGUGGAAAUGGCAAUUCGAACGACGAUACUCGAAGAGGAUCCGCGAGAAGAGGCAGAGAAAAGUGCUAACUCGUAUGAGCCUGACGUACGAGUUGACGUACACCGAUCGCGACAUAGAGAACAUACCUUUGAUAUGUUUCCUCACGGAUCGCCGGCUGAGGCUUUACAUGAAGAGGUUGUCGGCGUCGUCGCUGAUAAGCAAAACCGGCGAAAAAUCGGACGAGGACGCGAACAACGCGACCGUGCCGACGGAUCGGGACGUCGAAGAGACGUCGGUGUCCGAAGAAAAUAUCGCGCAAGAGACGUCCAAUUGUUGCGGGUUGCCCGUGAAGAAGUUGCUUCUGAACCGGUUCAGGGGAAACGUGUCGCGGAAAUUCCAGAUACCGUUCAGACAGCAGAACAACAACUACCCCGGUCAGGUGAAUUUCGCGGAAGCCACGGCCACGGAGUCUGUUUCCGUCAGACAGAACUGGUCCGCGAACCGUAAACGAGGCUCGAACAAAGAGAACGUGUCAACUUUUGCGUUCAGCUUCGAGCAACAGCUGCACGUUGAUUUGGAUACAGGCAUCACGGGGCCGGUGGUCACCGAACUGCACCGAGACUUUUUGGCUGCUAUCGAUUUCGACAAGUACAAGAUCUUUUGAACGAGACGGGAAUAGGCGUGCAGGAUACAGUAAUGUCUCCCUUACUGA